UCUUUUUUUUCUCCUUCCUUAUAACAAAAAACAUCUCUCUCUCUCUCUCUUAUAAAUUUUCAAAAUCGACGAAAUGUACAAUGAAUGCAUCUCUCCGUCUUCCGCUAGAUCAACGAGAGGAACGAGCCACAGAAUGAGGUCUCCGAUCUGCUGUUUAGGAGCCAACGCGGUGGUUGAGCCUGAAGGUCAGAGAACGCCUAAAUCUCCUUACGAGUGGCUUAAAUCAACGGCGCAGGAGCUCGAGAUCAGAGACCGGUGCCGCCGCGUCAAGACGCGCAUCAAGGUCACGUGCCGCAACAGCAAUUGCGUUUACCAUCAAAGACACCACAGCCAGGGAUCUCCUGGAGAUUUCAGCUACGAUGCGUUGAGCUACGCGCUCAAUUUCGAGGACGACGUACGGGCGGACGAGGACGGUUCUUAUCCUGAUUUCACGGCGAGGUUGCCUGCGUCUCCGGUGGCGAAAUCUAGAUCGGCGACGGUUGAUCUGAUCUCGUUCUGACCGUUAAUAAUAAUAUUUUCGUUUGUUUGACGGCGAUUAAAUGUUCUCCGUUUUGUGUAACAAUAUAUGACGUCAUUAUUAUAAAAUGUAAAUGCUCUCGCAUAUUUGAUUGAUUGAUUACCAGUAAUAAGAUUGA